AACGCAACCAUUUAUUAUCCAUGACAAUUUAGAUAACCGGGCCUAAUUAGACGCAAUAUCCACUAAUCAGAGUAAACCGGCCCAAUUUCCACGAAAUUUGUGGGUAUAUCAGUGGAUUCAAAACAAAAGAGUAAACCGAUACAAAUAUUUCACCGGUACGAGAUGAGCAAAUCCCAGAAAAGGAAACGCUUACACCAAGACAACGGCGACUUAAAAUCUCCGGCCAAUAAACCCACCGUGAACGGCGACGAUCCUUACCCUUCACUUCUCAGACCUACUGCUGACGAAUGUCGAGACGUAAGGGACGCUUUGUUGUCUCUCCAUGGGUUCCCUCCCGAAUUCGCCAGUUACCGCCGUCAGAGACUCCAAUCAUUCUCCGCCGUAGAUGGUCACGAUGCACAGUAUGCGGUAAAAUCGGAGCCAUUGGAUGCAGCGAAGGAGGAGAAGAGUGAGACUGAGGAGAGUGUGCUUGAUGGGCUGGUUAAAAUUCUUCUUUCCCAGAAUACAACUGAGACCAAUUCUCAAAGGGCUUUCGCGUCUCUUAAAGCUGCAUUUCCGAAAUGGGAAGAUGUUUUUGCUGCUGAGCCAAAAUCAAUUGAGAAUGCUAUAAGAUGUGGAGGAUUGGCCCCGAAGAAGGCUGUGUGCAUCAAAAACAUUUUGAGCCGUUUGCAGAACGAAAGAGGCAGCUUGUGCUUGGAGUAUCUGCACGGUUUAACUGUGGAAGAAGUAAAAACUGAGCUCUCUCAUUUUAAAGGAAUAGGACCCAAAACGGUUUCUUGUGUUCUGAUGUUCAAUCUGCAGCAGAAUGAUUUUCCAGUAGACACCCAUGUGUUUGAGAUCGCAAAGGCGUUAGGUUGGGUCCCGAAAACUGCAGACAGGAACAAAACCUACGUUCAUCUCAACCGCAGGAUCCCGGAUGAGCUCAAGUUUGAUCUGAACUGUCUGUUAUAUACGCAUGGUAAGCUCUGCAGCAACUGCAAGAAGAAUGUUGCCAAACCAAAAGCAAAGGCUAAAGUAGCGUCCCCUGAUGAUUGUCCUCUUCUGGGGUUUUCUGGUUUAGACUAGAUAACCAGGAUUAGAACUCGUUUAUUUUGGUUUAGGUUCGGUCUUAUAUUUGUUUGGUUCUGGUUUGGUCCCUAAUUCCUUUCUUGAUUUGUUGCAUUUAACCUGCACAGUACUGUAAAAAAAAAAAGGGAUAAUGAUUCAUAACAUUGUUAUGAUUGUUAUAAUUAACCGGCUGAUCCAUUA